AUGGAUGGCCUAAAUUCUGCCGAGGCGGUGACUCGCUUCCUUCGAGGCAAAGAUUCGUCACCUGAAAAUGUGUGCAAUGUUGUCCAGGCGCUUUUAUCUGGCGGAAUUCCCGUCUACCUUCCCAAUUCAACCAGAUUUGUAUUUGAGUUGGUCUGUGAUCGCUUGAACGAUUUCAACGGCAAGAGCUUCAAGCUUUGGAAGCUUCAUCCUGGAAUUUGGGAUCUUCUCACUCGUCUGUGGACGGCUAUGGGCGUAAACGAAGCAGAUCGUGAAGAUAGAACCAGAAGUUUCCGCAGAGUCAAGGUUGUAGCCAUCAUCACCAGCGUUUUAAACUCUCUGGCAAGCAAAUAUGAGGAAAAGCUCUUGCAAUCCAUGUUUCUGUGUGUGGAGCUGAUAAUGGCCACCGGAUACGUGGAUGUGGAUGAAUUCACGGGUGUUGGCUUACUCAAAUCAUAUUCUUCAUUGGUGAACUUUAUCGACAACGAUACUAUUGAUAAAAGUCCCUUCGACCACUGGUCAAAGAUCAUUUCUCGCUUACUAGAGCUUCCUAGAAAGUCAGCAACUUUUAAACCUUCCAAAAAGGCGGCUGCCAGGUUCUUCGUGGAGCCGCUUCCUGUGAUUCUUAAUAUACUUGCUCAUCGCAAGAAUGAUGAGCUCACCUCAACUUAUGCAAUGCUCAAAGAGCAGCUAGAGGUUUCUGUUUUUGGAGAGGAAUCCCCACUUUCAUCUCAAAUCAUAUCCAUCGCCUCUUCAGAGGACCUCUCCGCUGAAGGUGCCGAGUAUCUUUUCCAAGAAACCAUUACUCACCUAGCAUCCAGUGACAUUGCACUCUGUGAAACCGUAUACGUCAAAAUUACCAACCAUUUCACCUCGUUGGCAGAAAAGUUGCUUGGAGUACUUUCAAGGAUUAACCGUACACUUUCAUCGAGCUUUUUCGGUGAAAUUUUCAUUUCUGAGAUGGCCAAAUCUAAGCAGAAUUGGAGAUUGAUCGGCUACCUCCUACGUCUUGAUCCAGAACUAGCUAUUUCCAAAUGGGAGGACGCUGUACAAGCAACAACCAAAAUUUCUGCUGAUGAGAGUUUCGCUUUGGCUGAUAAUUUGGCUCAUGGUUUCAUUAGGGCAAGAGAUUUUUCACAGUUCAUGAGGCAGGUCUACCCUGCUGGAAUCAAGAAUUCUGCUAAUGUGUGGCAAGAUGACCAGAUGAUUGAAAUUUUGGCUCCAAAAGUGAACGAGUUGUCUGGAAACCAAAUUUCAGCCCUCAUUCGUCAUUUUAUGGAUGCUGGCGACAAGCUGUCAUUGUCUAUUUUACUUCACGGUCUACUUUUCUGUCCUUUGGCGAAACAGAAGAUGCUGGAGAACCUAUUUCAGGAUUACAACUUUUGCCAGAAAGGAUGGUCCGAAAUUGCAUACUUGGUAUUGUGCAUUUACGGCCAAAGUAUUUUAGAUGUCCAACCUGAUAUUUUGGAAAAAGUUGGAUCUGGAUUUUCCAAGUAUGAUGUUUAUUUGAAGCUCAGAGUAGCUGAAUUGUCGGGAGAUCUUAGUUUAGUUGAUGCCAAGGAAGCCACAAAGCUUAUUACUAAGCUGGAUGCUAGGAACUUACUCCUUUUUGCUCAACGUUGGCUUGUUAUUCUUGAUAGUUUCCCGGAUAUUCACGCUGAAUUAUUCAAGAAGAUGCUUGAGCUUCUUUCGAAGCUGCAAAUGCUCUCUUUCUUCCAAGGUCAAAGUGAUAUCAUAUAUGAACUUCCUCAGUUCAUGCGUGGUUUCCUGAAAGCCUUAAGAUUGAUCUCUAUUUCUUACAGAGAUGAGCUCUUCUGCUGUUUCCCAGCCAUAGUGUUCAGGAAGUACUUCAACUACUAUAUCAACCUAAUCACCGAAGAAGCAAUCGCAGAUCCUGAUAACAUCAUUGCCCGGGAAACUUUGAAACACAUUUUACAAGAACCUAGUCUCUCUUCCAAUAUCGAAAGAGACUUGGGAAAGCUUCGCACCCUUCUUGAUUCUAGCAAGCCAGAAACGACUAAAGUAUCGAUGGAUAUUGCCCGUUCCAUAUGGUCUUCCCAUUUGCAUAGCAUAAAAGAUUCCAACUCGUCCACAUACGUUGUUGAUGCACUCAAGACUUUAGUCAAGGCGAUGAAGAAACCAUCGAAUGGUGAUUUUGCUCUUGUUCAAGUCAUUCUUAGUAUUCCAACCGUCAGGGGUAUCGAAGAAAUUCAGAAACUCUACCAAGAGCUCUGCUAUAAGUUUGUGACUGCAGUGAGAAAGCUGAAAAUGCCCAUUGAGGAACAAAUGGUUGCCCUUUCGGAAAUUCCUCUGGAAGUGUCCGAGGAAGUGCGUUCGGCCAUUAAAGAAUUGACAAAAGAAAUUGGUUCACAAGCAUCGACGACUUCAACUCAGAUACACUUGUUUGCAUUGGUUGUCAAAAGUAGCUCUCCGAACAUUUCAAACGCAAUUUUCAUUACAAGUUUGUUUGUUGCAAUCUGUCUGAACGAGUGUGAAGACGACAAAAUCCAGUUUAUGCUCAAACAGCUAAACCACUAUUACAAAGAAUUAUCCAACGACAAUUUCAUGGAGAUUUACAGACAUGUUCUCCAUACUCUCGAAGAUGCGCCAGCAUCCUACAUUCCUUACCUAAUUGAUAUACUUUCGCUCUUGGCUCCGAUGCUUAAAAAGGCUCACCAGCAAGAACAUUCACAGCUCUUUGUUGCUACGCUCCUGACUGUUGCACUCCAGAAAAGACUUGCUGAUCACGCAUUGCCAUUGAUUCGUUUCUUGUCAGCCAUCACACUCAUGCUCUCAGAUCAUAUCUGGAUUUGCACUCAAUAUUCAGUGGAACUUAUCAUCAGCUUUGGAGACUUGAUUGCUAGCGAUUUGGACAAUAUCGAUAGCUCUGAGAAAAUAUACAUAGCGGUCAUCCAAAUGGAAUCCUAUGUCGUGUUGUUCCACAGAUACAGACUCACAUCACGUUAUCAUUUGAUUAUUGGAGUUUGCUCCAGAUUAAUGGUUCCCUUAGCCAGUGGAAAUCCGCUUGAGGAUUCCAAACCAGCAGCUGCCGCUUAUGCACGGUUGUUGACCACUCUUUCGGAACCUCCAGUGCUGGCUUACACCAAGGAGUCUGACUCAUUGACAUCUCAAGCUGCGGCCAGCAAGAAAUUGUUGAGAAAACAUGCCCAUAUCUUGGUGGUGAACUACGUUCAUUUGCAAUUGACACAUGCAUUGGUCAGUGCUGUCAAUGAAGCGGUGUUGCCUGGAGUCUACAGUGUCCUUGGCCUCUUAUCGAGAGUCGAGAUGCAAUUGGUUAAUCAAUGUCUCGAUUCACUGGGCCAGACCUACUUCAAGUCAUUAUAUGGUGGGUACAGAGACCAUGGCAAAUGGAGAGAUCAAUAG